AUGAACCUCCUGCUCUGCCGCUCUGCCCGCAUCCCCGGCCCUUCGGGCUCGCUGUGCGCGCUGCUCGCGCUGCUGCUGCUGCUGCUCACGCAGCCGGGGCCCUUCGCCAGCGCUGCUCCUGUCGCGGUCGUGGUGAGAGAGCUGCGCUGCGUUUGUUUAACCACCACGCCGGGAGUUCACCCCAAAAUGAUCAGUAAUAUGCAGGUGAUCGCUGCAGGUCCGCAGUGCCCCAAGGUGGAAGUGGUAGCCUCCCUGAAAAACGGGAAGGAAGUCUGUCUAGACCCAGAAGCCCCUGUGAUCAAGAAAAUCAUCCAGAAAAUUUUGGACAGUGGAAACAAUGAGAACUGAUUAAGAGACAGGACCACGCAUUGGAAAAAUUGCCCCGUCUUCAGCAGAGCAGUUUUCUGGACGUCUCUGGACCCAGUGAAGACAUGAAGGAAGGGCUGAUUUUUUCCAGUACUCAGCUUUCUUCAUGGAUUUCCCACUUUGAAGGAGGGGAAAACCUAUGUUUGUCCCUGAAGCUCAGCUUAUGAAGUAUUUAGCAUACUAUUUAUGUCCUGCUAUUUGCUGUUAUUCCAUCUGCUGUGUUAUUGGAAUCUUUGGCAAUUGGCUGUUUUGUGAGCCAAGAACCACUGGUUGUUAAUCUUUCGAUGCAUCUUGAAGAUUACUAUUGUAAUUCUAGAAUCUGUUCCUUACAGUGUUAUUGAAAAAGCUGUGGAUUUAAUACGUAAAUGAUGUUUCAUUAGAAUGCUAUUGAGGGAGAUACAGUAAUCCUCACUCUUCUUAUAAAAUAGGAAACAUUUUAGUGGAUUUUGGGGGGUAAUGUGUUAGAGAACGUCCUUAUUUUUGAUCCUGGGAUGCUAUUACAGUUAUAUUUCAUUAAAAAGCUGGGUGUAUUGUACCGUUAUUUGCGUAGAAUAUAUUUCCUUAUUCAGAACAUCUAAAUGUUUAGGUUCUAUAAGGACUGAUAUAUUCUCUUCCUAUAAUUUUAGACAUUUGAUGUCUUCUUAGUAUGGCAUACUGUCAUGAUUUACUCAAUUAAACUUUGAUUUUAUAUGCUAUUUAUUAACUAUUUUAUUAGGAGUGCUAUAAUUCUGAUUACUAAAUAUGGUUUGGAUAGUUGAAGAAGCCAGGAAACAGGUAAAUUCCUGGCUUCUAGUUUUUAUAGAAAUGUAUCCCUUUAAUCUUUUUCAAUAAAAGCAAACAAUAAUAAUCUGUACUCUGAAGAUUUCAAAUACAUUUGAACUGUUGAGUAUAAAUUCAUUUAGUUUUCCAAAAAUAUACAGCAUUGCUAAGAUUUUUAGAUGCCUACAGUACAUCUUUGAAAGGUAUUGACCACUUUGUUAUAAGGAAUUGUAUAUGCAUCACAUUCACUGUACUAAAAUUGUACUUUUUUAGUGUAUGCCUCAUUGGCUUAUAGUACUUAUUUUGUUCUUUGGAAAAAAAUAAAAGAUUUUAAAACUUUA